AAGAGCUGAUUUUAGUUUCUUUAUAUUUAUAUAUAUUUUAAAUAAUGUUAUAUUUUGCAGAACAGACAUUUGUAAUGUUGCUAAACGGAAGUCCUGGAUGCUUCUCCGCCCUUCCAGGUCUGUUUUGGUUUUGGACUUGAGUCGUUUCAUUUUCGUUCCCUUAAUGUUAGCAUAGCACCUAUCAGCGCAUUAACUAUAAAUGUAAGUAAAUUUAACUUAAAAUACCAGCUGUAAGACCACCGCCUGUUGUUCAUUGGUCCUGGUUGUUAGUGUUAGCAGACAGUGCGCAUCUUCUCAGUCCUAUCUUCAGCCUCAGUGAAGCAGGAGACUGCUGUGGAAGAGGACACGGUCCAGCAGGAACCACUGAUGUGGAUAAAGAAGAGGGGACACACGUGUCUGAUGGUGUCCACCAUGGUGUCAGUGGUUGUGCUCAUGCUGGUACUGUACGGAACCUUUGGGUCCCAGCAGAUGGGCAGCUCCGGGCUCACACAAGACUACCAGCUGUUAGGCAGACCCUUGUACAAACUGGACCUAACCUGGCCCAGGAACCCGGAAGUGUUCAGUGGACAGGUGUUUGCAGUGGCAGUCAACCAGUUCACUGGGGUUGUGUACGUGGCACAGAGAGGGGACAAUGUGCCCAAAGUGCUGGUGUUCACCACAGAUGGAGACUUCCUCAUGUCCUGGAACACGAGCACCUUGGAGAUGCCUCAUGGGAUGUUUUUGGCAGAUGCUGCGUCUUCCAACCCUACGGUGUGGAUCACUGAUGUGGGGAACGGCCCGUAUGGUCACUGCAUCAAACAGUAUUCACCGUCUGGGAAGCUCCUGCAGGUUCUCGGUACACCAGGGAAGGCAGGCUCUGGAUUAAACCCUCUGGAAUUUGACCAGCCAGCUGAGAUCUACGUCCAUGAGUCUGGAGAUAUGUACAUAGUAGAUGGAGAUGGUGGGAUGAACAACCGCCUCAUGAAGCUGUCCAAGGACCAGGAGGUGUUGUGGAUGCAUGCGGAGAAAGGCCAGGGCCUGGCCCAGUUCUACAUCCCCCACAGUGUGACCGUGGACACUUCCCAGAGGGUGUGGGUGGCCGACAGGGGCAACAAGAGGAUCCAAGUGUUCAACUCCAUCACCGGCGACUGGCUUGGCACGUGGGGGAGCUGCUUCACUGAGGAUGCCCCCUACUCCGUCCGCUUGACCCCAGACAGGAAGUACUUUGUGGUGGUUCAGCUCAACACCAAUCAAAUUUCACUGCUGGACGCUCCGCCGGUGGGUCUGAUCGGUCAGUGCAGGAUGGUCAGCGUCAUUCAACUGGCCGAAGAGGUGAAGCCUCACCUGGUGGACCUGGACCUGAAGACCGGGGCCUUGUACGUGGCUGAGAUCGGAGCCCAGCAGGCCCAGAAGUUCACCCCCUUCAGUCUGGGCGGGAAGUUCCUGUAGAGCUUAAAAAAGGAAUUAAAGAGGUCAACUCAAACAAACUGGGACAAACCAGUUCAACCUUAUUGGUCUACAACAGAAGACUCAAACAUGCACCAAAGGGUCCAGUCCAGCCCACCAAAGGGUCCAGUCCAGCCCCCAAAAGGGUCCUAUCUGGCCCCCCAAAGGGUCUAGUCCGGCCCACCAAAGGGUCCAGUCUGGCCCCCCAAAGGGUCCAGUCUGGCCUACCAAAAGGGUCCAGUCUGGCCCCCCAAAUGGUCUGGUCUGGCCAACCAAAGGGUCCAGUUCGGCCCCCCAAAGGGUUCUAGUCCAGCUCCCCAAAGGGUCCGGUCCAGCCCCCUAAAGGGUCCGGUCCGGCCCCCCAAAGGGUCCAGUGAG